GAGAAUGGUUGGAGUAUUGGUUGGUGAUUGGGCAGAGUUGCUAUAGACCACACCCCUGGGUGGUUUUUCAGACUAGGGCUAUCUUCAAGCGUUGCGUUCAAUCAGUUUAGAAUUUAGUAGGUGUCUUUCUGCUGGGACGACAGGUCGAAACGAGACAGAGCGAUAGAGGGGGAGUAACAAUUUUCACAUUAAACAACGAGUAACACGCUUUUUUUUUUCAUCAUUUCACCGGUGGACGCGUAAUUUGACCUGGUUUUUGGAUUUACUUCAAAACGACUUUUUCGUUUUUCUUUUUCAUUUGCUUUAAACAAAUUAACAGAAAAGAGAAUGGGAUCACAGGCUUCCAAGGGAGAGGUGGUCGCUGAGGCGAACGCUGCUGCCGCCGACGGUGCAGCGGUCAAAACCAAUGGACAGGAGAAUGGACACGUCAAGACCAACGGCGAGGUCUCCGCGAAGGCUGACGGGGAAACGGCCGCCACCAACGGCUCGGCCGAGGCCGCCAAGGAACCCGCCGCCAGCGGCGACGCCAUCGAGCCCGCGCCCGCCGCUGACGGAGAGGCGGCCAAGGCGGACGCCGGAGCCGCCAAGGAGACCCCCAAGAAGAAGAAGAAGAAGUUCUCCCUCAAGAAGCCCUUCAACUUCAAGCUCAACCUUAAGAAGACCAAGAAGGGCGCUGAGGCGGUGAAAGAGGAGGCGCCGGCCGGCGAGGCCGCUGCCACCGCCGCCGCCAGCCCCACUGAGGGGAAGCCAGCCGAGAACGGCGCCGCCGCCGCCGCCACCACCGCCACCACAGAGGAGAAGAAGGAGGUGAAGGAGGAGGCGGCGGCCGGAGGAGCCGAGGCUGCCCCAAAGGCUGAGGAGGCCGCAGCACCGGCCAAGGAGGAGGCCCCCAAAGAGGAGGCCAAGGAAGAGGCCGCUCCGGCACCUGAGGCCACAAAACCCACAGAGGAGACCCCCAGCCCGAGUGCCACCCCGUCUGAAAACAAAGAGUGAUUGUACCCGAGUGAACUGUGUCUCAACAAACUGUUUUUCAUGUGAGAGCGAGAGUGAGAGAGAGAGCAAAAAAGAAAGAGAAAAUUAAAGAGCAUAUAUAUAUAUAUUUAUAUAUAUGUGUAUAUGUAGACAUAUGUAUGGGUAUAUGUAAAUAUAUACACAUGUAUGUGAGAGACUCCUUCGACGUGCCACUUUUGUCAUGGUAACGGCAGACUAGAUUCACUAGAUUCACUUCCCUGGUUUUCAGUAUCCGGACGCAGGUUUUUGAGUGUUAGUGCUGUGGGUCUGUUCUUCGCCACGCUGGAGCAUGGAUUUAAAGCGACGGGAGUCCCUCGGCCCUCGUCACACGGGGUCAUGGGAAGGAUUGAAAGUGGAAGGAGCUAAAAAGCAUCUUUUUUUUUCGGGCAUCAGAAAAAGCACCCCCUCCCCCUCCUUCCUCCACUGCCAACUGCUUCAAGAUGCCUCCUUCCAGUGGACUGCAGCAGCGAUAAUAGACCACCACCACCACCACUUGAACUGACUGUUAAAUAGAAGAGUUAAAAAAAACUAAACGAAAUAAAAACACAAAACAAAAAAAAGAUACAAAAAAAAGAAAUCAGAAAUUAAAAGACUUUUUACAUUCCGAUAUUUUAACCCAAAUUUGCAGUAUUUUGUGGUGUACUAUAGAGGACCUUCUCGGUGAUUAAAAAAAAAAGCUCCGUCUUGUUUGUUUUAAAGAAAAUAUAAAAAAACAUAGGCAAUUUUAAUUUGUACCUUAUUCUAGAAGAAGAGAACACAUAAGGCUUGCUAUGUUCACCGCUGCGGUUCAAACAAAGCAGUUGUUUAUCUGUUGUGUGUGAGCCUGAAUCUGCUUUGUCUAUGUAAAUACAUUGGAUUGAGUUUUGUUCUUUAUUUUGCUAAUGUUGACAGAUGUUUCUGGUUUUAUUGUAAAGUUGAUAAUGGUCAAUAAAUGUUGGUUACCUGCUCGUU